CUGCAUCCCCUUAUUCUCCACAUAGAAAGGGACUGAUAAUGAACGAAGAGCCGGUGGAUUUCUCACUUAUUGAAAACCAAAAGGAAAACAUUGAGCCUUCCAAGGAUGGGCGUUCAGCCAUGGCGUUGACAAAGCUGUUCAGUACAGAGGUGAAACAACUAAAAGGUCAACAGGAUUAUGAGCGGUCAUUGAUAGAGGAAAAGUUGGAGAAAAUUGAUGAGCUUGAUGAUCCAAUAGAGCCAUACUUGGAGUAUAUUGAAUGGGUGAAGAGGAACUACCCUGCAGGACCUUCAGUGGAAAGUGGGCUCAUUCAAAUAAUGGAGAGAUGCACAUCGCAGUUCAGGGACGUUCCCUACUACAAGAAUGAUCCACGUUAUCUACAAGUCUGGUUGAGCUAUGCAAAGUAUUCCGAGAAUCCACGCGACAUCUUUUUAUAUCUUGCCAGAAAGGAGAUCGGUAAGCAUCUCGCAACGUAUUAUGAGGAGUACGCCAAUUAUCUAGAAACCAGUGAUCGCAAUGUACAGGCAGAACAGGUUUAUCAAGAGGGUCUUGGACAAGAAGCUAGACCUCUUAAAAGGCUCCAGAAAAGAUUUAACGAGUUCAGAAUGAGACUUGAAGCAAAGGACACCACGAUGGAACCGACAUCUCCUGUUUUUCCUUCAAGGUCUGUGCUUUCAGUCAAAAGUGGAACAUCUCUGUUUGCCUCAUCGCAUAAGGAACCAAAACCGCAAAAAAAGAUUGAGAUCUUCACCGAUAACGAUGAUGGACACGAAGACGAGCACAUGAUAGAAUGGGGAAACCUUGGAACGGCAUUUGAAAGAAACAAGGAGAAUAAAGUUUUACCCUCCACUUGGGUUGGAGAAACUUUACCCCAGGAAGAAUACUCUGGGAAGCCCAAGGGGAUGAAGGUAUCGGUGUUCCAAGACUCAAGCGACUUACCGAGUGGACCUGUGUAUAAGGUUAUCGAAGUUCCUGGGAAAAAGAGGGAGAAAGUUGACUUAAACUUUGAUUUGCUGUACAAUGAUGAUGAAGAAUUCUGUGUUCAAGAAGUGUUAGCGAUAAUGAAAGGAGUCUACAGAACCAAGACCCAAGCAUCAAACUUGGAUGACUCACCUCGGUUCAAGUCACUUGUCACCCAAGUCAGAAGAGCACAAUAUGACGAGACAAUACAUUUGAACAAGGAGGAGCUUAAGAAACCUGCCUCCCCAACAGCAACGUUUUACACCAAGCAAGCCAAAGAUGAAAUCAACGCGAUGUUUGGAGACCAGAGUGCUGAGAAUAUCAACAGAGAUGAUGAUACUAAAGAUCUGGGGCUGAUAUAUGAUGACUUUACCGAGAAUGUUGCAGAAGUCUCAAUUAAUGAUUUGACUGAAAAGGUGACCGAACAUACAAAGAGGAAAAGGGAUGAAUUGGCAGGCGUAGAGAGUAUUAUAAAAAAGAAGUGUGUUGUGAACCCUGCAGAUGAGUCUUUCAAGGAGAUGUUGCUUGAAAAUUUGAAUCCAUCUUUGAAUACGUACAAGGGGUUUUACCGUUACAAGAAGACGAUGAAUAUGUGCUCUCUAUUGAAAAAGUCUCUUAACAUCAAACAAUCUAGGCACGUCUUUGUGGAGUUUGAAGGAACAAAGGACCCUUUCAAUUUGAAGUGUCUCCUUGGUGAAGGUGGAUUUGCAUGCGUUUAUCUAGCUGAAAGUAUGAUUGGCGAUUUCAAAGCUAUAAAAUGUCAAAGACCAUCAACUCCUUGGGAGUUUUACAUAUUAAGACAGAUUGAGACAAGGCUCAAGGGUAGGGAUACUCUCGAUUCAAUUGUCUCACAGUCUGAGAUCCAUGUCUAUGAUGAUGAGAGCUAUUUGGUUUUGGAGUAUAUUCGUAAAGGUACGAUAUUAGACGUUGUCAAUUUGUUCAAGACCUCAGGAAGGAAAAUGGAUGAAUCGUUGGUGAUGUUUUUCACUUGUGAGUUGAUUAGAGUUAUUACUUCUCUUCAUGAGGUAGGUAUUAUGCAUGGUGACUUGAAAGCUGAUAAUUGUAUGCUUAAAUUCAGAGCUGGCUAUGAAAAUGACAGAUCAAAAGGUUGGAAAAACACUGGAAUAAAGCUCAUUGAUUUUGGAAGAUCCAUUGAUAUGACACUAUUCCCUAAAAAUGUUGAGUUCAAGUCAAACUGGGACACUGAUAACCAAGAUUGCCCAGAAAUGAGAAAUCAAUCAACAUGGACAUAUCAAGCAGACUACUACGGUAUUGCAAGUAUAAUACACACCAUGUUGUUUGGUACAUUUAUCGAGACCAAGUUUGAUGGUGAAAAACACGUCUUGGUGAAUCCAAUAAAGAGAUAUUGGCAACAGGAUAUUUGGAAUCAUUUGCUUGACAUUUUAAUCAAUUCAAAGCUUCAUGGAGAGUUGCCGUUGACAAACAAACUUCAGCAAUGUCUUAAAGUUCUGGAGGAAUGGUUGGAAAGUAAUGAUUCUAACUUAGUAUCUAUAAUGAAGGACAUCGAACAAGAGUUAAAAUAAUGGAGAUUUUAAUAAAUGAAAAAGAGGAG